UCUGAUCUCUGAUAUUUACGUAAUCGUGGUCUGUGGCCACCAGCUCAACAACUCGGUGCAACCGCCGAGACGAAGCCGGAGGUGGCGAAGAGAAGAAGAGCGGCGGCGCCGGAGCUUGUCGAUGGCGGCAGCCUUAUACUCCUCUUCCUUCUCCGCGCUCUUUUCCCGUUCUUAUCUCUCCCCGCCCCGCCCUUCGCUGUCGCACUCUUCUUCCCUUUCCGCGCCUUUCUAUUCUCUUCGAUUCACCAAACCAUCUCAUAAACCUCGUUUCUUCAAAACCACUGUGGCUUUCGCUGCUUCAGCUUCUUCCUCUGACGAUUUCACUGCCGGCCAUCAAAAUUCUCAAUCUAAGAAAUCAGGCAUCUCAAAUUUGAUACAAGAUAUAGAGCCUUUGGAUGUUAGUAUUAUACAAAAAGAUGUUCCUCUCACUACCAUAGAUGCCAUGAAGAGGACUAUAUCAGGCAUGCUGGGAUUGCUUCCAUCUGACCAAUUUCAGGUUCUUAUUGAAGCGUUAUGGGAACCACUCUCCAAAUUGUUGGUCUCUUCUAUGAUGACUGGGUACACACUGCGGAAUGCUGAAUACAGGCUUUGUCUUGAAAGAAACCUUGAAAUAUAUGAUAAUAAACAAAAACCUGAAGAUUUCAAGUCUGAAGGAGAAGACAUGCAGCUUAUCAGAAAUGAAUUUGAAAAUAUUCCAAGGCAACAAAGUUUGCCCAUGUCUGAGAAAAAGAGUGAUUCAAAAUUUGAUAUUCCAGAUUUUGGUAAAAUGAGUCCAGAAGCUCAACAGUAUAUAUGGAGCUUACAGACACGUUUAGCUUCUAUCAAAAAGGAGCUUCGUGAAGUCAAGAGGAAAAGUGCUGCUCUUCAGAUGCAACAAUUUGUCGGUGAGGAGAAGAAUGAUUUAUUGGACUAUCUAAGAUCAUUGCAACCAGAGAAGGUUGCAGAGCUUUCAGAACCGACAUCGCUUGAAGUGAAGGAAGCCAUCCAUUCUGUAGUCCAUGGCCUGUUGGCCACACUUUCCCCUAGAAUGCAUUCAAAGGCCCCUGAUUUGGCAGACAACACCUCUGCUGGCACUGUAAAUAUUGGAGCCGAAGAUUGCAUUGAUCUCAUCGAAAAUACUUCCCUUCAAUUCCAGCCCAUGAUUUCAUUAACUCGGGAUUAUCUUGCACGCCUGCUGUUCUGGUGCAUGCUACUGGGGCACUACAUAAGAGGUCUCGAAUAUCGCCUAGAGCUUAUGGAACUUCUGUCACUGCCAAAUGGAAUACAGAAAGAUGGCUCUAGCAUUGAUCAAGUUGACUGAGAAAUUUAGUCGUUUUAGACAGUACAGACUGUAGAUAAAUAGUUUGUUACAUUGCUUUGGAUACUACUUAUCUGUAAUGGAAUAUGGCUAUGGCCUCUCAAACAGCUAAUCUUGUGGGUUUUCUCUGCUAAACAAUUCAAAUACAAUUUGACAUUUUUCUUGGGGAAA